CACUAUCACACUGUAUCGAUUCGGAGCUAAAUUUUUGCAAGGAUUUUAAAACGCAGAAAUGUGCAACAAAGCGCUGGAGGCCGUAUGAAAGAGCUCCUCCGAGAUUAGGAUAAAUAGGACCACCAUGGAAAUUCCCAUACAGGUGGCAGUGCGCAUUUACCCGCAUAGGGAGGUCAAGGAAUUUAAGAAGCCCACUACCGCUGAAUACAAAAAUGAUACGGAGGCGGAAAGCGAGGGGGCAGACCCCAAGGACACUGCCGAUGAAGUGGCGGGGGCGGAAAAAGAUACACCGGGGUUAAAAGAUCCGAAUGGAAAUUCUGAGGAAGGUAGUGCCUCUGAUACAAAGCCAACUACAGACACCAAUGGCAAUGAUAAAGGACGAAAGGAUUCAUCGGAGUCUAAGUAUUGUGUCCAGGCCAUUCCUAUCAGUGCUUCCGCUCUGGGGUUGCCCAGUGCUCUGCCAGGUGGCGAUCCCAUGGACAGUAUUGCGGCUGGACUCAUUCAAGUGGGUCCCCACACUGUGCCUGUCACCCACGCCUUGGCCAGCAGCAGCUCCCAAGUGCAAGUGUACCACCAGACGGUAUUUCCGCUAAUUACCCUGUUCCUCGAGGGCUUCGACGCAUCCGUGGUCACCUAUGGGCAACGUGGCCAAGGCAAAAGCUAUACGCUUUACGGAAAUGUACAUGAGAACACCGAGAAAGAAACCACCGAAGGAGUCGUCCACCUUUGCGUCCGGGAUAUCUUUUCGCACAUAUCGUCUCACCCAGAACGAACCUAUGCCAUCAACGUGGGAUUCGUGGAAAUUUGCGGAGGUGAGGUCUGCGAUCUAUUGGGCAUGGGAAAUAUUCACUGCACCAACGUAGAUACCGUAUUCCGCUGGCUGCAAGCAGGUCUAUCGGCCCGCCAAUCAUUGCCCGUUCACACGCUGUUCACUCUCACCUUGGAGCAGCAGUGGGUGUCUAAGGAGGGUCUUCUCCAGCACCGCUUGUCUACGGCCAGCUUCUCAGAUCUAUGCGGCACGGAGCGCUGCGGCGAUCCCCCGCCAGGGCGACCACGAGAUCCGGGUCUGCACACGCUGGAGCAGGUUAUCAGCACUCUGACGGAUCCCAGCCUUAUGUACGGUGUCAAUGGAAAUAUUCCCUACGGUCAGAGCACACUCACCACUCUUCUGAAAGACUCGUUCGGCGGACGAGCUCAGACGCUCGUGAUCCUCUGUGUUUCGCCGUUGGAGGAGAACCUCCCCGAGACGUUGGGCAACUUGCAGUUCGCUUUUAAGGUGCAAUGCGUUCGUAAUUUCGUUAUUAUGAAUACUUACUCUGACGACAACACGCUGAUCGUCCGCCCGCCAGAGGCUCUACCAGUUUCCAAUCCCGCAGCUGGUAUGGCGCAUCCCGUACCGGGGGAUAACUUUGGUUUGCAAUUCGCUGCCAGCCAGUGGUCCAAACUGGUAACUAACGCCGAGGGCCUGUUUGCCAAGCUGAUGGACUCUAAGCUGAUCAGUGAACUGGAGAAGGAGCAGAUCGAGGAGUGGCUCUACCUCAAGCAAGAAUGCGAGGAGUGUCUCAGCUCAACAGAGGCUAUGCGCCAGCACAAGCAACUGGUUCCCAUUCAAGAGGCCGAGGAACCGGAGGAUGUUAACUCGGAAGUGGCCAAUUCGGAGCCAGCCAAUUCUGAACCUCCAAAUUCUGACAAUGAAAAUGACACAGAUAAUGACUCACAGCGGCCCGAUUUGGAUGACAAAAUAGAGAGCCUAAUGGAGGAGUUUCGCGAGAAGACGGACACGCUUAUUCUCGAAAAACAUGCAGAUUACCUGUCCAAACAUCCAAAGGCGGUUAUGCAAAGCCAGGAGCGUGAGAAUGAGCCACAGCCGCCAGUGGAAAACGGCGAGGAUCGCAAGACUAGUAUCGGUGGUCGAAGGAGAAGCAUUCAGCCAGGCGCCAGCUUGAGUACCGCAGAGUUGGCCAUGUUAAACCGAGUAGCCUCCCAACAGCCGCCUCCGCCCAUCGAUCCCGGGUCUGUAAUCGAUCCGCUGGAUAGUUCUUCAGGGGAAGGACUUCGUCAGGCGGCUCUCGCCGCUGCUGCUGCCAACGCUCCCGUCGAGCAGCUACAGAAAAAGCUUCGUAAGUUGGUCGCAGAGAUCGAAGGAAAACAGCGGCAGCUACGUGAAAUUGAACAGACUAUCCAAGUGAAGCAAAAUAUCAUCGGCGAAUUGGUCAAGAACAGCGACACGCGUAGCCACGCGAAGCAGCGGUUUCAUAAAAAGCGAGCCAAACUGGAGGCCGAGUGCGACAAGGCUAAAAAACAGCUUGGCAAGGCUCUGGUACAAGGCCGAGAACAACCUGAGAUCGAGCGCUGGACCACGAUAAUCGCGCAUCUCGAGCGUCGGCUGGAAGAUCUUAGAUCUAUGAAGCACAUUGCUGGUGAGAGCGGCCAGAAGGUUAAGAAGCUUCAGCAAUCGGUAGCUGAGUCGCGAAAGCAGGCUGAUGAUCUGGAGAAAAAGCUUCGCAAGGAGGGAAAGUUGCGCGACCAGAUGGAGGCUGAGCUUCUCAAACUGCGGGAAUCUCGAGAAACCGGCAAGGAGCUGGUGAAAACCCAGGCAGAUUCCCCUGAACAGCAUGGCCGCCAAUUAAAGGCAGUGCAGGCUAGGAUCACGCACCUUAACCAUAUUCUACGCGAGAAGUCGGAUAAUCUAGAGGAGCAGCCGGGACCAGCGCAGCAGGAGAGUUUGCGUCACGAGAUCCGAAACCUCCGCGGUACUCGCGAUCUGCUGCUAGAGGAGCGCUGCCAUUUGGAUCGCAAGCUCAAGCGGGACAAGGUGCUGACGCAAAAGGAGGAGCGCAAGUUGCUCGAGUGCGAUGAGGCCAUCGAAGCCAUAGACGCGGCCAUCGAAUUCAAGAAUGAGAUGAUCACGGGACACCGCUCCAUAGAUACUAGCGAUCGAGUGCAGCGGGAGAAGGGUGAACAGAUGUUGAUGGCCCGCUUGAAUCGCCUGUCGACAGAGGAGAUGCGCACGCUUCUGUACAAGUAUUUCACCAAGGUGAUCGAUCUGCGUGAUUCCUCGCGAAAGUUAGAGCUGCAGCUGGUUCAGUUGGAGCGAGAACGGGAUGCCUGGGAGUGGAAAGAGCGUGUCUUGUCCAAUGCCGUGCGUCAGGCUAGACUCGAGGGUGAACGGAAUGCUGUGUUGUUACAGCGGCAGCAUGAGAUGAAGCUAACCUUGAUGCUGCGCCACAUGGCAGAGGAAACGUCGGCCAGUUCGGCUAGCUAUGGAGAACGAGCUCUGGCCCCUGCCACUGCAUCCUCUCCAGUGCAGGUCAAUAGUGAUUUCGACUACGAUGAUUUCUACAAGACAGCUGCUAGUGGUAAUCCCAGCAAGGCGCUGGUCAAGGCACCCAAACCGCUGCCCACUGGCUCGGCGCUGGACAAGUACAAGGACAAAGAGCAACGCAGUGGUCGCAACAUCUUCGCCAAGUUCCAUGUGCUCACCAGGUACGCGUCGGCAGCUGCAGCCGGCUCAUCGGGCUCCACGGCAGAAGAAUCCACGGCCUUGAUUGAAUCCACUACUACGGCCACGGCAACCACUACCACAACUACAACCACGUCGGGAGCUGUGGGAAAAGUUAAGGACAAGGCGCUGGUCAGCUUCAGGCCGGAGCAGCUGAAGCGACUGAUGCCAGCGCCCACAGCCACUAAGGUGACGCGUCAAAAGAACAAGAUUAUUAUCCAGGACGCCAGUCGACGUAAUUAAACACGAAUUUAACCAUUUCCAAGGCGACUAUAUCAGGUUAAGCCAAAUAGCCAUAAUCAUAGGCCAUGUAAGCCUCAAGUCGAAAGCUAGCCUCUUAUAAUAACAGAAGCGACAUUUGUUUAAGUAAUUUUUUCUUAAAAAGCUCAGCCGUAUUUCCCUUUCAAGCAUCAAUAUCUCAAUUUUUAAUACAUUUUUAAAAUACUUUUGUAACUUAUAAUUAUAUUUUUUUGGUGAUUUAGGUUCUUAAUCAAGCUGAUUUGAGCUAUUCUAUAAAUUGUUUUGGUAUUAGUCGCUUAGGUUAUAUUAGGGCUUAGAGUUCGAUGUGGCAGAAAAACUUAGCUCGGCCAUAAGUACUGAACAAGUUUCGUCCACAGUCAUGACACAGAUAGACUCGACACGGUUCUCAUUCUGACUCUUUAGCCGGAGAGCAUUUAUUUUACAAACGUUUACAACAUACUCGUACAUAUACCUAGCAUAUGAAAGUAACUACUAUCCUCAUGAGAUUCAACUGCAAAGACUUGACCUGCUACUUAAGAUACUCGCAAGACAAACCAUACAUGCAACUCGCUCAAAGUGUUAAAACCGCUGCACCGUUUAACUUGUACAUAACUAUAAUGUGUUAGAUUAUCACUUAAUUUUAAUCAAUUUUGUUAGUUCUAGGUUAGUUGUAAACACUAUUGUGUCUUCCCUCGAAUUUUAAUUGACUUUCGUUACUACCCAGAAUACUCGUACUCGAUUACCCAAGUGUUAACUCUUUAGACUCUAACUACCAAAAGCAUUUACCCUAAACAACCUAAAUAUAUACAAAAUAUGUGCUAAGAUCUAAUACUCAUGUUGCCCUUGAACUCAGCGGCAAAACUUUUUGGUUGUGUUUAACGUAUUUUUUUUUGACGAUUCAAACAAUGCAAUUAUUAUAGAUUGCAGAUUAUUCCGAUUAUAUAUACAUUCUUCAAAUUCUUAAAUGUAUUUAAAUAUAUGUAUGUACUUACAAUAUCAACUUGUAGAAAUCUCGUAUGCCAAACAUUCGAAGGCAAAGAAACUCCACUAAAACGCUCGGCAUGGCUUUUGUGUGGAUAUUGUUGGAUAAGCGAAUAAAUAUAUAUGAGCAUAA